AUGAAGGAGAUGGUGGGAGGCUGCUGUGUCUGUUCUGAUGAGCGGGGCUGGGCGGAGAACCCGCUGGUGUACUGCGAUGGGCACGGCUGCAAUGUGGCUGUGCACCAAGCUUGCUAUGGAAUUGUCCAGGUUCCAACCGGACCCUGGUUCUGUCGAAAAUGUGAAUCUCAAGAGAGAGCCGCCAGGGUGAGAUGCGAGCUGUGCCCCCACAAAGACGGAGCCCUGAAGCGGACCGACAACGGCGGGUGGGCCCAUGUCGUCUGUGCUUUGUACAUCCCAGAGGUUCAGUUUGCCAACGUGCUCACCAUGGAGCCGAUUGUCCUGCAGUAUGUUCCCCACGACCGUUUUAACAAGACCUGCUACAUCUGUGAAGAGCAGGGCAGGGAGAGCAAAGCAGCCUCCGGAGCCUGCAUGGCCUGUAACCGACACGGCUGCCGACAGGCUUUCCACGUCACCUGUGCCCAGAUGGCUGGCCUCUUAUGUGAAGAAGAAGUCCUAGAAGUCGACAAUGUCAAAUAUUGUGGCUACUGCAAGUACCACUUCAAUAAAAUGAAGACCUCACGUCACUCUGGUGGUAGCUCCUUCAUUGCUGGGAGAAGGAGCCGAUCCACGUCUCCUGCUCAAGAGAAGCACGUAUCCCACCACGAAAGGCCAAAGAAGAGUCGGAAGGACAAGGAAAGACCUAAGCAGAAGCACAAAAAACGCCCCGAAUCUCCCACCAGCCUUACGCCACCGUCGGUGCCCGUCGCGGCUGAGAAGGGUUCCACCAGCCACCAUGAGGGGAGCAAAGAGACCUCAGAGGCUGGCAGGUCGGAAGUGAAAGGCAAGAAGUCCUCAAGCCAUGGCAGCAGCCACAAGGGGAAAAAGACGGGAAGCGGGAAAAGCUCGGCUGGCUUCAGCUCGGCUUCGUCCAGUGGGACAUUUCAACCUGCAGGCACCUCCUGUAGCUCCUUGCAGUGCUCCCAGGACUUCGUGACAUUCCCCAAGCUUGAGCAGGAGGAUGAGAAGUACCGAAAGCCUGUCUCGUCCUCUUCUUCUUCCCACUGCUCCCCUCUGUAUGAAGGCCAGAAGGGGGACGUUUUUGAGCAGAAGGUGAUCUUCUCAGGCUUUGGCUCCAUCAUGCGUUUCUCCACCUCUGCGGUGAGCCAGCAGAGAGGCCGUGAUGCUUCCCCCGUGGACUACAAGGCCUCAAACCCUGUGAGUGGCCCUUCAGUAGGGAGCAGUGGGGCCAGUGCUAGCAGCAGCAGCCACAAGCGCAUGCCUUCCCUCAGCAUCGAAGAGGGAGAGGUGCUGAAGGAAAAGAAGCACAAAGGUAGCAAGAAAAACAAGCAUGGGCCUGGCAGGCCGAAAGGGGGCAAAAGCAAAGAGAUUUUGGGGGCCCAGCUGGCUGGGUCUACAUCCACCUCCUCAUCACCCUUCUCCGGGGGCUCUCUUGUUAGCUCCAGCAUCGGCAACUCGUCACGGUCCUUCAGCCACACAGGGAACUUGCCCAGCCUCAGCAUGGAGUCCCCACUGCUGGGUUCAGGGAUCUACACCAGUAACAAGGACCCUAUUUCCCACGGGGGCGGAGUGCUCCGAGCUGUAUGCAGUACACCCCUCUCUUCCAGCCUGCUGGCACACCAGGGUACGUCGUCUCUCCCACAGCUCAACCGGUCUCCCUUUGCUAGCACCAUCCCAGCCUCCUCUUCCUCGGUUUCUACCACGCAGGUGUUCUCACUGGCAGGUUCAACGUUCAGCCUUCCCUCCUCGCAUAUCUUCGGAAGCCCCCUCACAUCUGGGCUGUCCAUCAACCCGCUCUUAAAUCAGUCGGAAAGCAGCCGGGCAGAGCCCGACCUGGAAGACUGCAGUUUCGGCUGCCGAGGGACGUCGCCCCAGGAGAGUCUGUCUUCCAUGUCCCCCAUCAGCAGCCUGCCAACCCUCUUUGACCAGACCGUGUCCUGCAGCAGCAGCGGGCAGCUGGAGAAUGUUCCCCAGGCCACCCCAAACAUCGAGCAGCUCCUGGAGAAGCAGGGCAAUGGGGAAGCCGGCGUAAACAUUGUAGAAAUGCUCAAAGCCCUGCACUCGCUGCAGAAGGAGAACCAGCGGCUCCAGGAGCAGAUCAUGACUCUAACAGCCAAGAAGGAGCGUUUGCAGCUCCUCAAUGUCCAGCUCUCCGUCCCUUUCCCAGUGGUGACCACCAGCAACGGCCCCGGCAGCCAGGCCCAGUACAUCCUGCCUCCCAACGUCUGCAACAACGAUUCCCUGAGCGUCAGCAAGAGCCCCCCAUGCAAGAACAGCUUUGGGAUCGAGAACUCGCUCUCCACCUCCUCUGAGGACCCUCAUUCAGGUUGCCCCAGCAGGAGCAGCUCUUCCCUGUCCUUCCACAGCACUCCUCCACCCCUACCCAUGCUGCAGCAGAGUCCUGCCUCGCUACCCCUGCCCGGGGUGCAGCAGGUGAAUGGCCUGGCCAGGGUGGCAGGCAGCGGGCUGGGGGGAGGCACCACUGCCAGCCACAGCCUCUCCACGGUGCCCAUGGUGGACGGCCUGAUGGGGACCCUGGCAGGAGGCCAGCAGAUGCCCAUCAACGGGAUCCUGGGGAAUCUGAACGGCGCUCAGGCCGCCCAGGCUCCGAGCGCGCUGACGCAGGCGAGCGGGCCUCCGACCUUGCAGCUCUCCACCAGCCUGAGCAGCGUGCCCAGCCUGAGUCCCCUGACAGAGCAGCAGCGGCACGUCUUGCACCAACACGAACAUCAGCUCCAGCAGCUUCAGCAGCUCCUGACUUCCCAGCCACUUAAUCCAGAGCAGCAGGCCCUGGUGUUCCAGAUGAUGCAGCAAAUCCAGCAGAAGAGGGAGCUGCAGCGGCUGCAGAUGACGAGCUCAUCCCAGCUGUCCAUGACCAGCCUCCUGGCAGCCACCUCGGCCCCUCUCCUGCACUCCAGCACCAGCGCCCUGAUGACCUCGGCCACCCAACCACCCCCUAGCAGCAGCUCCCUCAUGGCCUCCCUCUCCCCCCAGCAGCUCAACCCUAGCAAUGCCCUGCUGGCUUCCCAGGCCACCCCACCGCUCAGCACUCCUGGGAACAGCCUCAUGGCUUCAGGGACAGGCAUCCCACCCGUCCUUACAGCACAGACUAACCCAUUUCUCAACCUGCAGGCUGAUGGCAACACCCCGAAAGGAACGAGCAUGAAUGAAAAGGGAGCUCCUCUUACCCAGGACAAGGGCUAAGCUCCCCCCUCACCCUGAACAAACCAGCAGCCAACUCCUCUCAACCAGGGGAAUGUGGCUUUCCACAGUCAGCAACUUUGAUACUGUUAGAGCAAUGAGCACAAGGCUUCCAAGAAGCAUUUCCUGCCGCUGGGCAAUGCCAAGAGGUGCUUUGGAAGACAGUACGUCUCUGACCAAGCCCUGGUAUCGGGAGGAGCGAAGGUGGGGGGCUGCCUGCCGCCCUGGUCCAUGCCACACAUGCUCAAAGUGAAGCUGUGUUUCCGUGCAGAGUGGAGGAGAGCGUUAACACCAGAUGCCUGCCGGUCUCCUCCCUGCCGUGAGUGCAAGCGUGGGUUUACGUGUGCAUGUAGACCCUAGGCUGAGGCACUAGAGACCAUCAAGCAUCCUUGGCCAAGACCUUGGUGGAAGGAGGCCUCUCUGCUGAGGACUCUCCAUUCUGCACAGUGCAGAGGGAUCUGGCAGUGCCCUCGGAGGCAGCACUGGAUGUGACGCAGCUGGGGAAGAGGGACAUGGUGGCAGUGUUUGCAUGGUCUGCUUUGUCCAGAUGAGGAGGUUAAAAAGAAGUCCUGUAGCUGAGAUUUCUCACCUGCUUUUCAUCUGCUGGGCUCUUAGGAUGCUUUUGUCUCUGUAGCCAUCAUAUGAAGCCCUUACACAUCAGCUGGAUCCAAACCCAGCCUGAAAAGACAUGAGAGCAGUGGAGCGAAGGGUGAGGAUUGGUGCUUAGGGAGGUGAAAGCCGCCUGCUUCUCUAAAGGACAUUGCCACAUCUGCUCUGCCAGCUGCUGUCGGUUCAGCGCUGUCCUUCUCACGUGAAAAGCACACCCUUGCUCCUUGUGCCGUCUCUCACUCUUUCCUUCCAAGGUUCCCAGAGCCCAAAGCUACAGCUUGCAAAAAGGGGCUGUAGCCAGUAUUACCCCCACCCUAGCCAGCUUCAGAAGGUGCAUUUGAACCUGACAUUCGUCUCCCAUGCCUAAGCUGGGAGACAGAAAUGUCACGGGUGGGAGGCACGAGGAAGAGUCCCAAUAGCUGUUCUCUCUUACCCACCGUAAGAAGUCACUCUAGUCCAGCCAAAAACGUUCUUCCACUGGUCUUAGGCACUUGAAAAAAUGGAUCUCUAAGCAAUGGGAAGGUUACCAGUCUCCCAAACUAUGACAUUGGACGCCUCGUUUGCUUUCGCACCUUUUGACUUAACUCCGUCUUGCAGCCUGGGAGCCUCAGUAAAGAAACCUGCUUCCUCUGAGACUGGAUGCGAUGGAUUGAGUGCAGGACAGGUGGGGCAGCCCCGAGGGAAGGGCAACAUCUACGUCAAACGUACGAAUCCUCCUUCCCUUCCUUGUCCCCUGGUUAAACCCAGAUCUCCUAGGGGACAGGCAUGAAGACUCCAGCUAACAGAAACUGAGGGUCUUUUAAAAAACAAACAACAACAAAAAAACAAACAAAAAAGUUGUGAGACCUUAAUGGAUAUUUUCAGCACAUUCCCACUGCCCCUAACUGGUUUGCACUAUUCAAAUUUGUCAGCAGUGGGUCUGUGCUGAUAGUACAGAAAAGCUCUAUAGGCGAAACUCAUCUGCUAAAUAACGUCCUUUUUUCCCUCUUCUUUUUUGGGGGUGGUGGUUGGAGGGAUAUUAUCACCACAAUGGUCGAAUAAGGCUAAAAGGUGAUAAAAUACCCUUCUGAUCUCAGCCUCCAGUUCUGUGAACGGAGCAGAAUAUUGCUGUCUGCUCAGAAAUAUAUAUAUAUAUAUAUUUAUAAAUAUAUAUAUAUAUCUAAUAAAGAAAAGCUAAUGUUUUAACAAUGUCAAGAAGCUAAUAGAAGGUUGGAGAUGGCAGCUAAAAGUGAAAAUGCAGAAGGAAAAAAAAAAAAGCUUUCUCUCUUCCUCGCAGUCUCUGCAGUAUAGACCCCGACAGGAGCGCCUGGACACGUGGCUCUAGCCGGCGCAUUCCCCGUCCCCAGCCAGCUCCUGUGUAAGUUGAGGGCCAAGAUGUGCCAACUUCUACCAGCCUGAUACAUUUACAAAGCGUUAACAAUACAUCGUACGAUAUUUUUAGUCUCAAAUGUUUUAACAUUUUUUUUUUCCCCUCCCUGUCCCUGGAAUUGCUCUGGCACAAUUGUGUACUUGCACUUUUUGGUCUCCCCCCUCCUCCCUAGCCGUGUUGUUCCCCCUCCCUCUGCAAGCAGCGGUGCCAUCCAGCCUGCCCUGUCCCCGCGUCGGUGUGGGCUCUGCGCCCGCCGUGUCGCAGGCAAGCAAAUGGGUCUGUGGGACCUGGGGGCAGACGUCCCGCAGUGAUGAGGUGCUGGUUUGGGUCGGCAAGAGUAUGGACAGAAUUGCUAGAAGUAAACGAGUGGCCGUUUGAGUGUGCAGAUACGGUAUUCUGCCAGCUGCUUGCUGAUCCGUGUUUCUGUCUUCCCCCCAUCCCCUUACUCUAACAUCCCGAAUCUGAGCUGCCGCCUGCUCUGCUGUCAUGCUGAGAGUGAUCCGUAACCACAAGGGCCUCAGACUGUACCUAGACCUGGUCAAAAUGUUCCAAAUCUUAGCUGCAUCUCAAGCUUGGAAAUGAAAAAAAAAAAAAAAAAAAUCAGCCCGGGAGCAGGAAGGGAGGCAGCUGGAGGAGGGGGGGAGGCUGGUUAACGCCUGUCCCCUUGGUAGUUCUGGCCAGCGCUAGUCCCAGCACGACGCCCGUCACCUCCGAGGCCAACAAAAACCUCCUUCAAGUUGCUUAUUUGCAACCUGCAGUCCCCAAAUCCUUGUGCAACAACGGUAACGGCCAAGGGCUCGGGCAGAGGUAGCUGACGGAGAGCUUGCAGGCAGGAGGCUGAAAAGCGCUGGCCGGGGCUCUGCAUCGCUGCCGGGAAGGCGCGGGCAGCGCGCACGCCGCAGAGCGUGGAAGUCAAGGACUGAGCCGGAGGAAUCUGCUUGUCGAGAGGCUGUUGAACACGGGACUGUCCGAGCUGGAGCCGGGUUAGGCUGCGCUCCCCGGUUCCCGUGCUGGUGCCGCGGUGCCCGCUUCCUGCUGGUCCUGGCGGUAGUUUGGAUACGAAGCCGCUUUUCUCCCCGGGACUUUCUAGAGUGGGUAGGGAAGAGGCUGAAGAUACAAGUCGGGAAGAGACACACAGCACUUAGACGUUUCUCCGACAGCUUCCAAAGGUGCCUGGUCCCUCUGAAGUGUGCUCCUUGCCUGUGCCCCUCAGCCCGGCCCGGAGCCAAGGGUCCCCUUGGCAGCUUGAGGGGAAAGGGAGGGGGCACUUUUGGAAGGCUGACAUUAAACGCUUGUAUCUUUGCGGAAAAAGAAAAAAGAGGACGAGCAGGGGAAAGAAAAAUAAAAGCUAAAGAUUAUCUGUGUUUCAGUUGCACUGGGGUACUUUUCUUUACCCGUUUUGAUGCUAAUGUCUCAUUUAGUAUGUUGCAUGUGUCUUUUUUUUGUUUUGAUUUGUUUUUUAUUAAAUAAAAGAGAAAAUGUGUAUAUUUUUGGCAAUUUAAGGUAAUGUAGCUAAGAUAUAUUUUUUUCACGCUGCU